GAAAGAGAAACUCCGAUUCGAGAGCUUUGGUGGAGAGCCUGUGGAGACGCUUCCACGCGAAUCUCGCACUCCCACUCGUCUUCCUCGUCCCUCUCUACCUCUUCGUUUACCCUUACCUUACCUUACCUUACAUCUCUCGGUCGAUCGAUUCAAGCCUCUUCGUCUUCUUACGCUGUGUUUCGAAACCCUAAUCUCUAAUAAAAGGUUUGAUUUUGAGAUUAUGGCCAAAGCUAGGAGGACAAGACGCAGGCUUCCUUUCCGACGCUUCAGGGCUAGAGCAAGGCCAUACAAACUUCCAUCUUCUAAUCGGCUUGUGGGAAGGAACAUGUUUGCAGAAGAUUGUUCAAAGUGUCUAGAGAAGAGGGACUGGGAGAAUGUUAUAUGCUCGGUUUGCAUGGAGUGUCCGCACAACGCUGUUCUUCUCCUCUGCUCAUCGCAUGACAAGGGAUGUCGUCCUUACAUGUGUGGAACCAGUUUCCGGUAUUCCAAUUGCUUAGAUCAGUACAAGAAAGCGUCAGCUAAGCUGAAGUCAUCGAGUCACCAUCAGAUCAAUAAAUCUGAGCUUGGGAAUCUCACAUGCCCACUUUGUAGAGGCCAGGUGAAAGGUUGGACAAUUGUACAGCCUGCUCGUGACUUUUUGAAUCUUAAGAAGAGGAUCUGUAUGCAGGAGAAUUGUGUGUUUGCUGGAACCUUCAAAGAGCUGAGGAAACACAUGAAAAUGGACCACCCUACUGCGAAGCCGCGUGAAGUGGAUCCUGAUGUGGAGCAGAAUUGGAGAAGACUUGAGAUUGAGCAUGACAGAGGUGAUGUUAUGAGCACGAUUAGGUCGACCAUGCCUGGUUCGAUGGUGUUUGAGGAUUACGUGAUAGAAAGGAACAAUGCUGACGGUUCAGAUUCAGAUGAGGGUGAUGAUCAUGGUGGGAUUGAUGCUGGAAUUGGUAGGAAUCUUGUGAAUGUUUUCCUUUUGUUGCAUGCUUUUGGGGCACCAGGGAAUCAGUUAAGGCGCUCUGCUUCAGAUUCGAAUGACUCGACGACAAUCAACCACGGAACAAGUGAGCUGAACUUCUCCGGAGAAGAGGAGGAAGAGGGGGAAGAAGAGAGGCAUAGUAACAGUAACUCUUUGGCAAGUCGAAUGAGGCGACAAGGACGCAUUCUGCUGGGACGUUCAGGUAGAAGACGUAGAGAUAGAGAAGCUAAUCAGAACACAGGUCUUCCUCCUAGAUGAGAGAGAUUACACUACUUCAAAACAAAACCCUUUGUCUCAUUCUGGGUUUCAGGUAAGUUUUAUGGUAUUGUUAGGUACAAAUGUAGUUUCCGUAAGUUCAAAACAAACACACAAAAAAAAAGGCUUUUGGCCUUUCUGCUUUCACCAUUGGAGAAUUUGGGAAUUUGACUCGAAUUUGUUUUCAUGUGCUCUUUUAAUGGCCAGAGAAGCAGGCUUGCAAUCCCAUGUUUUUUACUGUAUUCUGAUGUAACUUUCUGGGUAGAAAAAUUUCACAUAUAUCUAUCCUUGUGAAUAAGCAUAACUAGUGAUGAUGACCUAUGUGGUCUGUUCACGAAUUAUGGAAUGGUGGAUGUUUCCUUUCUGUUUAUAAGUUUCAUGUACCCUUAGUUGAAUGAAAUCUGGUUGCCUUUGUUUGUU